AUUUCUUCUUGACUUCGUUGUUGGCACAAGUGGAUAGAAGCUGGUGUAAUCUAAUAUAGACGGCUGUACCGCUGUAGUGGCUGUAGAGUGUAGAUAGGUGUAGACGGUGUAGAUGGCCGAGAAGACGAAAACAAUGGAUCGGCUCAAUGUCAGUUUGAUAUUGAAAUUAUGGUUAAUCGGUACAAUAGCACUAAAUUGUGACGCCGCCACGUUAAAGGAACCGUAUCAAAGCCAGAUUCCUACGCAAGGAUUGUACAAUGCCAGUGAUAACGUCGUCAUUUUAAAUGUUACUAAUUUUAAGUCCUCCGUAUACGGAGACAAGAAGGGUUGGUUAGUCGAAUUUUAUAAUAGCUGGUGUGGAUUCUGUCUCCGAUUCGCGCCAAUGUGGAAAGAAUUCGCCAGUGACGUUCACGUAUGGAAAGACAUUGUGGUGGUUGCUGCAAUAGAUUGUGCGGACGAUGAUAAUAAUCCAAUUUGCCGCGAAUACGAAAUUAUGCAUUACCCGAUGCUCAAGUACUUUUCCGUGAAUGCCCAUUUGCCAUCAUUAGGAUUAGUUAUGGAGAAGUAUGACACUGUCGACAAACUUAGACACAGUUUAAUAGACUUGUUAGAAAGGGAACAGCAAGAGGGAAGGGGUAUUUCCUGGCCUAAUAUAGCACCAUACAGAAGUUAUGAAACAACAAAUAUUUGGAAAUCAGUACCGAGUACCAUUAAGUAUUUCUUCCUGCUAUUCGAGAGAACCGAUUCACGUUUGGGAGCAGAAGUUAUAUUAGACAUGCACAAGAUUAAGGUGAUACAAAUAAGGAGAGUGUUGCCUGAGAAUGAAUUGCUAUGUGAGACGAAUAAAGUUACCAAUUUUCCAAGCUUGAUAGCUUUCGGCCGGAACGAAACGCAGAGAUUUCUUAAAAUAAAAGUACCUACGAGAGAGGGAGUUUAUGAUACCAUCAAGGAGUUCGUGUUAUCGAAAGGCGAGACACUUCACGAGGAAAGUACUGAUAAAGUUCAUUCUACAGAAAACGAUAUUCAUAAAUCAAUCGCUAAUAAUUCGAAGUUAUUGCCGGCGACAGAAAAGCCAGAGAAUACUGAAGUAACUUCUGAUCAUUUGUAUCAACUCGAUCUGGAAAACGCGCUCAGAUAUUCGAUCUCUCACGAAAUCCCGAUACAUAAGACAAUCGGCAACGACAAGAUGAACGCGUUGAAGAAAUAUUUAAACGUGUUAGCCGAACAUUUCCCUCUGAGGUACGGAAACAUUUUUCUAGAAACGAUCAGAGAUAUUGUCAAGAAAAGAGAUAGUAUUACUGGAGAGGAAUUCAGUCAAAUAGUCAAGUCGAUGGAAGAGGAAAUGUCGCCGGUAUAUUCCGGACCUUCGAAAUGGAUAGGAUGUAAAGGAAGUAAAGAAGAAUAUCGCGGAUAUCCGUGUGGCCUGUGGACCAUGUUUCACACGUUAGUAGUCAAUUACGCUGUCUCGAGCAAAGACGCUGAAUACGAACCGAGAAAAGUAUUGGACGCAAUGUACAAUUACAUACGUUACUUCUUCGGAUGCGCCGAUUGCGCCCAGCAUUUCGUUCAGAUGGCUGUGAAGAAUAAGAUGUUCAAUGUAUCUAACGCUAAUGAUAGUAUUUUGUGGCUGUGGACGGCUCACAAUGAAGUAAACGCAAGAUUGUCGGGUGACGAUACAGAGGAUCCGCAACAUAAAAAGAUUCAAUACCCGGCGACUGAACAUUGUCCAAGUUGUAGAUUCGAGGAUGGUACUUGGAACGAAGAAAAUGUUUUACUCUAUCUUAAAACGAAGUAUAGCUCGAGGGGAAUAAAUUAUCACGAUUCGAUAACCAAACGGCAGGAUAAUGGUAACAAACUGAAUAUAAGACAGGAAAGACUUGUAUUGACUAGGUAUACAAAUAAUAAGAAAAUCGGUUGGGAUUUUACAAUCUUUGACAUAAGUAUUUGUGUUGUAUUAUACGUCGCGUCAGCUAUCAUACUUAUAUUGGUCUGCGUGAAAUUCGCGGUAAAAAGAACUUACAGGAAACGAACUUAUGCUAGCUUAAUUCCGAAAUGUGAUCUUUAUUUCUGUUAAUUAGUAUUAUAUAUAUAUAAAAAAAUUUGAUAAGAAAGGUGGCAUAGUUACGUUUACAGACGUACUGUAUAUACUUCAGUUCCAUAUUGUUUUUUAUAAAAAUGUAAUGUUGAUAGAUAUACAAUUCCAAUUAUUAGUUUAUAUAGUCUAAAAUUAUUUUACAUCGCGUGCUAAUAGUAUUUAUUUUUGUUUGUUAUAAACGUUGUAUAUUUACGAUUAUUAGAUCGAAGAAAAGACACAAUGACAUAAUUGUUUUAUGAGAUUAUUUCUUUGGUUGUGACAUGACUUUUUAACAAUAUAGUAUUUGCUUAAGGAUAAAAAAUAUCUAAAAUCCGAUAGAAGUCUUAACAUCAUUGCAUAAAACUCGAAAAUAUGUAGAAUGAAUGAUAAUGUAUAACAUAGAAGUAGUUCUCAAACUAGUCUUAUCGAUGUACAAUUACGUUACGUUUAAUAUUUAUUAAUACUGCAGUGACAAAUUUUUUUUUAAUAUAAACAUGACAAUCGUCGAACCUGAAUUCAAUCUUAUGCAUGUACAGUGACUCGAACACAUUUCAAAACGGAAUAACUUUUUUCAUAUUGAGCCAACCAACUUUUCUCUAAGAUGUUAGAAGGCUUAGUUUACUAUAUGUAUGUGUAACAGAAAUUGAACAAAUUUCUGUUGGGUAGUCUCGAAAAAAAAAAGAAAAUGACAUGAUUUUUAUAUUUAUACUUUUUUAUUAGAGUGUCGAAGAAAAAUUUGAAGUAGCCCGUUCGUAGAUAUAACUAAAUUAUAUGCAUGUAUAAAGUUUCAUAAAAGUCGGUGAAAGCUUAUUAAAAGUUAGAUGCUACGUAAAAAUUCUUCAAUUUAUCUGUCGUAAACCGGAUGUCAUUAAAUGAUUUGUUAACUUUUUAAAACGAAGUUUGAUCGAAUAUUAACAUUAAACCUACGAUGCACCGGUGAAAUGACUGUUUUGAAAUUGUUCUGCAAGAAAUAUAAAAAAGGGAAAUUUGUAUUGUCGCAUUGUUAAAACUAUAAGGUCUAGUGUUAAAACAAUUAUUCUAUUUUGAAGUGCGUCCGAAUAUUAAUGGGAGUCACUAUACUUUAAUAAUGAAACUUUCAUUACAUCGAACAUAUCUAUCGUAAUGAUUCCAUGUCUAGAUCUUGUUCAAUAAAAAUAGAAACUAAAUAUCAGUUAGUGACCAGUCAGGGAACAUCCGUAAACGACAGUCUGAUUUCAAAUUCAUUUUAAGACAUAUUUUUAAAUGUAUUGCGUCAACUUAAUAAGACAUGCUUUGUAAUAUGUGUACUAAAGAAUAAUGAGUUUAACAUAAAAAAAUA